CAGUCGAGCUUUCUAAUGACCUCAGGCGUUCUGUGUUGCGCGAUAAAACAUAAUAUACUCACUCUCAACUGAUAAAAACUUGUUCAUAAUUGAGCUUGUUACUCGUGUGGUGAACCUUAACUCCCCAAGGACAGGCGCACUCGGGUCCUUCGGGCAGUUGCGUCACAAAAAUGAACUCUAAACACUGAAGCGUAACUUUGUUUAUAAUUAUCGGAAUAUAGGUAUAACAAUGCGACGGAGGAUAUGAAAAAAAUAAUUACAAUUAUAAUGUAAUUAUGAAAAGGAUUUUCCGUUUGGAGACAAAGAGAAAUGAAAAUGGCGUUCUUCAAUUUUUUUCAUUGUUUCUGUUUUCACUUCCAAUUUACGGAGCUCAAAAUACCUUGGAAUGUUCUGAGAUGAUACAAAAUAAUAAAUGCACAUGUUAUAUUUUUGAAAAUGCUGUAUAUCUUGAUUGCCAAGAUACAAGCAUAAAAGAUAUAAAAAAUGCACUAAAACGUGUAACUGAUGUGCAUACUUUUUCUAUUUAUGACCUCGACGUUAGCGAAGAAGAUUUGGGACCACAUUUUAUACCACAAGGCGCUUGUAUCAAGCAUAUUCACAUAUCGCGAACAAACAUAAGAGAGAUUGACGAUGAAACAUUUAUGCCGCUGAGAAAGUGCCUUGAAACAUUAAGUAUUGUAUCGAGCAAAAUUAAGUUUAUACCACAGAAAGCACUCUCCGGUAUGCUUAAGCUAAUUUCAGUUGAACUUAUUUCAAACUAUAUCGAAGAGAUUCCAAGCUAUAGUUUUUAUGGACUUCCAUUAAUUAAAUUAAAUAUAAAAGGAAAUAUCGUUCGUCAUAUAUCUGACACUGCUUUCACAACUUUGGAGUUAUCACUAACAGAAAUAGACCUCAGUGAAAAUAAUCUCACUUCAUUCCCAAUAGUUUCAAUAGCUAGUUUAAAACACCUCAGAAAUUUAAAAUUAGCAUGGAAUGAAAUUUUUUCAAUUGAAAAUCCAGAUAACACAAACCUUAUAACAUCCUUGGAAUAUUUAGAUUUGAACUCCAACAAUUUUGAAUUUAUUUCAGAAGACUGCCUUAAAUUUAGUCCGUCCCUGAAAGAGUUAUCAUUUCAUUUUAAUUUCAUUGCAAAUGUGCAUCACCGAGCGUUUUACUCACUUAUGAAUUUAAAAUCUUUGGACUUGAGCCACAAUAGAAUUAAAAUAUUACACACAAAUAUUUUUCAAAACAAUAAAAAUUUAGAGUUGAUUGAUUUAAGUCAUAAUCAUUUGCACCAUAUUCAUGGCCUACUCUACAAUAUGCCGUCUCUUAGCAUUGUAUUUUUAAGUCAUAAUAAUAUUCUUGAAGUGCCAAUAGAUUCCUUUUUUAAUUCUAGUAAAAUUAGCGUGAUACAAUUGGAUAAAAAUUGCAUACAUAACAUAAAUAGUGAGAGCUUUAGUGAUUUAGAAAACUUAGAAGAACUGCAAUUAGAUUUUAACUAUUUAAAUGAAGUGCCACAUAGUAUAUUGAUGAAUAAUAGAAAUUUAACGAAAUUAAGAUUAGACAAUAAUAAUUUUAGUGAUAUAAACAACAGUACUUUCACAACUCUUAAAAAUCUUAAAGAAAUUAGAUUAAAUAAUAAUUGGCUCAAAUUUAUUUCUAAACAAAUCUUCAAAAAUUCUAUUGCUUUAGAAGAAAUAUACCUAAAUCAUAAUAAAAUAAGUUUCAUUGAAUCAGGAACGUUUGCAAAAAUGUUGCAUUUGAAAUAUAUUGCUUUGCAUAACAAUAAUCUAGUAGAUAUUACCGACAUAUUACCAAAAAUAAACUCAAAGUUACUAUUAGUAUACCUUGAGUUUAACCAACUAUCUUCGGUAAAUGAUAAAGUAUUCGGAUCACAGAAAAGAUUACAUCAAUUAAGCUUGAAAAAUAACCGCUUAAAAUUUAUCACAAAAAAUACUUUUAGCAACUUAACAUAUCUAACACGCUUAGAGCUUAGCAGUAAUGAACUUUUAAUAAUUGAUGAUUUCUCAUUUCAAAGAUUGAACUCCGCGCGAUAUUUAGAUUUACAGAACAAUAUGAUAAAAAACAUCACAAGCUACACAUUUUUUGGCCUAAGUGAAUUAGAAGAUUUAGAUUUAUCACGCAAUAAAAUAGUAUUUAUUUUUGAUAUGGCAUUUGACACAUUAAAGAAGUUAAGAAUUAUAAACUUGUCCUUUAAUCCAUUGAAAAUUCUUCACAAAAACCUAUUUCAGCACGGACUACCACUUAGUUCACUAUUGUUAGAUAACUGUGAAAUAGAAUUCGUAGAAAACGGUACAUUUCAUGGUUUGAACAACUUAAAACAUCUCUCUCUUAAAAAUAAUUCGUUAAAAUCAAACGACUUACUAUGUCUUGAUAUACCAGGAAUAAAACACUUGUCUCUAUCAUACAACAUACUUGAUUAUCUACCUGUUGAGGUAUUUCUAAAUUUACCCCUUUUAGAGAUAAUUUUUCUAGAGCAUUGUAAUAUUGAGAAAAUUAUUGAAGGUACUUUUAUUAAUAACAAAAAUUUAGAGAAAUUGAAUCUAGCACAAAAUAUUAUCAGUCAUAUUCCAGAAAAAUUGUUUAGUGCUUUUAAUUCUGUAUCAGAGUUGAACAUAAGUAAUAAUUUUCUUGACUAUGUGCCAUAUGAUAUGUUCGAUAACUUUACAUCAAUUGAAACUCUUGAUAUAGCUGACAACUUAAUACCAAAAAUAGAACUUAGCGGUUUCGGGAAACUAAUCAAACUAAAAUCGUUAAUAUUACGUAAAAAUGAAAUACAACUGAUAACCAGUAGCAAAAGAGUAAUUUUAAAAGAAUUAAUACUUUUUGAUAUAAGUUACAACAGACUAGAUCAUUUACCUAAACAAUUAUUUGAAAUUUUUCCAAACAUACAGAAUAUUAAUAUUUCCCACAACAACAUCAUGCAUUUUGACUUUUUAAUGUCUUACAAAACAUUAGGAGUGUCACUAAUUAAUAUAGAUCUCAGUAAAAAUCCUUCAGUUAGUUGGACUACACCGAAUAAUAUACAAAACAAUACACUUGUCACCAGUUUAUACGAGUUGCAUAUUUGUUUUACGAAUUUAACUAUCAUAGAAGAUGUCACUUUUGAAUUAUUUACGACCUUACAACAUCUUUAUUUAAAUUUUAACAAAAUUCGGCGUUUAUCAAUAAGCCCAUUUUCCAAAUUAAUGUUUUUAGAAAAUUUAGAUUUGAGUUUUAAUAGAAUUACUCAUCUUAAAACCAGUAACUUUCGCGGACUUAUGAAAUUGAAUACUUUGUGCCUAUCCAAUAAUAAUUUAGAAUCAAUGGAAUCUUUUGACGAAGAUUUAAGUAAUUUAAAACUUUUGGAUCUUUCUUAUAAUAAAUUACAAAAUAUAAUAAAUGAACAUUUCAUUUAUUUAAAAGAAUUAACUGUUUUAAAUCUUGCUCACAAUAAUAUUAAAUAUCUAUCAGCCACUUCAUUUGAUAACCUAAAUAAAAUCAUACAAAUAGACUUGGAGCAUAACAAACUCCAAACAAUACCCCUGGAGUUACUAACUUCAAUAGAAAACCAUGUACAAGAUAUCUCAAUAAAAGACAAUGUAAUAAUUUGUCGAUGCCAAAAGAAUAAUACAUGGACAUGGAUUCAAGAUCAUCCCAAAAUAAUAAAGCCUUACUCAGUAAUUUGUUUUAACGAUGAUUAUCCAAAGGAAAAGUGUGAUUUUCCUCUAAUAGUUCAUUUAUCUAUUGACAAGCACAAUGAUAAUUCUGUCCUAGUAACAUGGCUAAUAAGAAAUCGCACAGCAUUGAAGGCGCUUAAAAUUUUAUACUAUAAUGAGAAUGUGGACUCUAAUGUAAAAGUAAAACACGUGAAUAAGAAUACUGUGUCAACUCAUAUCACCGACCUGCAAACCAACAUGCAUUAUAUAGUUUGUGUAUUAACAAUGUAUGAAGAUUCUGAGAUUUUCGAUGAAGAUAAUUUUGUGUCUCUCAACGAUACAGAUAUAGAAACCAAUAUCACUUCAAGUAUGGAUCGUAAUGUUAUUAAUGCUUUAAUCGCGCAAUCGCCUGCAAGUGAAUGUGUUUCUUUCGACACAAUGAAAAAACCAUUAACUGUAAAAACGAAAACAAAUAAGGGAUUUAAAAUGUCUUCAUUACUAAACCGACGUACAGGAUUGAUUGUUGGAUGUUGUUUAGGUUUUGUAGUAUUUUUUAUUAUGGUCACCGUUUUACUGUAUACCAAAGUAAAAGAGAGAAAGAGAAUUGCCAAGUCCGAUCCUGCGUGGUCAGAAAUGAAUGAUUAUCAUUCUAUGCAAAGUAAAGAAGACAUUCAAGAAUCUACAACCGCUUCAACUGACAACAUUUUAUUAGGAAUGGCUAAAAAUCGUAUAUCCUUUGACAAAAUGAAAUAAAUAUUUACCUAAUCUUUUAAAUAUAUUUAUCAUAAUUAUAGUGUUUCUAAUGCGUGUUUCCUUUGGACAUAAUAGUUAAUAGUUAGAAACUCAAAGACAAAAGAUGCUUAUUAUUUUGGUGCCUAGUAAAUUGUAGGUGAUAUUGUUGCAAAACGUAGUUUAUAUUAUAUAGAUAAUUGUGUAGGUAAGUUAUUUAAAAGUUAUGAACCUAAUUAUUUGAAUUGUUUAUCAAUUGAGUAGGAUGUAGGUGAGAAGUAUUUAUUAAAUUGUUGCUACAUAACAUG